GCUGCGUCUCCGCCAUCUUGGUGUAACGAUUUGGAUCGUGAAAAUGUUGGCUGACACGAUCCUUAUUCUCUUCAUUUCAGUAGCUACUGCACUUCUCUCUGAAGGAAUCACAUAUCUAUUGGUUUACAGAACAGACAAAUAUAAGAAGUUAACUGCAGAAGUCGAAAAAGAUAGUAAAAAGUUGGAGAAGAGAAAAGAAAAUAUCUUAGAUCUUCCCAGACAAGGGGGAGGUCAGAAGAAGAAAAUGGAAAGAGUUGAGGAGAAGCUUAAGAAUCACAACAGAGACCUUUCAAUGGUGAAAAUGAAGUCCAUCUUUGCCAUUGGAUUUACAUUUACAGCUCUUAUUGGCAUGUUUAAUUCUAUAUUUGAUGGCAGAGUUGUUGCAAAGCUUCCUUUUGUUCCCCACUCUUGGCUUCAAGGCUUGUCCCAUCGCAACUUAAUGGGCACAGAUUUUACUGACUGCUCCUUUAUCUUCCUGUAUAUUCUUUGUACUAUGUCUGUAAGACAGAAUAUUCAAAAAAUGCUGGGCUUUGCUCCAUCUAGAGCUGCAAGCAAGGUUGGUGGUCUGCUGACACCACCACAGGGUACCAAGUAAACUUCACAGGAGUUUUGGCCACAGAGUACCCAUUUGCCUUGGAAUUCUGUACAAUACAACUUGUUUGGACCAUUUAUUGACCUACAGAAACAGUCUUCCUAAGCAUGUCUGUCCCCAGGUGUUACAAUGCUAGUGAACUUUUAGGAAAGCCCCAUAUUGUCGUAAAUGUACAUGUAACUAUCAGUACAUUUAUCACAGUCAAAAAUUAAAUUUUUGAUGUUACUCGGA